AUGACCGCGGCGCUCGCUGCCGCCGACAAGGCAGCGAUCAGGCCGCGCGCACCGCAGCGGCAGGUGAUUCAGCUCACGGACGCGGCGGCCGAUCGGAUUCGCGAGCUGCUGACGAGGCGCAACAAGGAGUACCUCAAGCUGGGCGUCAAGUCGCGCGGCUGCAGCGGCAUGAGCUACACGCUCACCUACGCCGGUACGCGCCGCGCGCUCGCAGUCUUACACGAGCCGGGGAGGUUCAACGAGGUGGUGGAGGAGAAGGGCGUGCGAGUGGUGGUGGAGCCCAAGGCGCUCAUGGCCGUCAUCGGCACCACCGUCGACUUCGUACAGGACCGCCUCAAGAAGGGGGGGAGAGGGCGGGGUGGUGCGGAUGGCAUGGGAUGGGAGGAGCAGGCGGAGUGCGGGUGCGAUGGCAUGGGAGGCGCCGGGGGGUUGGGGGGAGAUGGCAUGGGAGGUGCAGGGGGUUUGGGGGGAGAUGGCAUGGGAGGUGCAGGGGGUUUGGGGGGAGAUGGCAUGGGAGGUGCAGGGGCGUUGGCGGAAGAUGGCAUGGGAGGCGCAGGGGGGUUGGUGGUGAGAUGGAAUGGGAGGCGCAGGGGGGUUGGGAGGAAUCCCUCAUGCCGGGACACCGCUGCUGUUGAGAUGCAUGCAGUGAGGCCUCUUGACGUCGUUCGGAUUGGACAAGCAUAUGGGGGGGAAGGUUUAGGGGGCAUGGGAGGCGCAGGGGGGCUGUGGCGAGUCAGGAUCAACUUGUACAGGGGUGGGUGGGUGGGUGCAGAUGCAGUGAGUGCGUUGAGCAGUGGUGGUUGGCAUUGCAUGCCAGAGCAGUGCUUACUAGCCAUGCACAGAGAAGCAGCGCUGGGUUUGCUUUCCUGCCCCUCUCACUCCCUUCUCUCACCCCCUCGUGCCCGGCCCGCCAUUCCCCCCGGCCGUGCACUACCACCCGCGUUCCCCCCCACAGGCGAGAGCGCGAUCGCGAUACCGCUGGUGCGCAAGUGCAUGCAGCAGCGGCCGCGCCUCAAAGUGCUCUUCACCACCCGCAACGCCCUCGCGCUGUCUGUUGUAUCCAAAGCCUUCUCCAAAACGCAUGUCAUAUGCCAGCUAGCGCCAGUGGACGCGCCAGCAGCGGUGGAGCGCUUCCUGGCGCACUGGCAGCCCAACGGGGCGGUGUUCAUGGAGCAGGAGCUCUGGCCCAACCUCCUGCUCUCGCCCCGCCUCCUCACUGUGCCCAUUGCGCUGCUCAACGCGCGCAUGACCCAAUCAACGUUUGACAGGUGGCACGCCAUGGAUGGGCUCUUCCUCCCUCUCGUCUCCGCCAUGAUUGGUCGCCUCGCCCUCAUCACCACCACCAGCACGGAGCAGGGGCUACGGUAUCAGCGCCUGGGCGCCAACCCCAUGCUCACACGCUACACCGGCAACCUCAAGUUCGCGACCAUGAGCAGUCACGGCAGCAGCAGGAGCAGCAGGGAAGGGGAGGCGGAGAGUGGGGGGGCGAGAGGGGGGGCGAGGGCGCGGGGAGGGAAGGAGGAGGAAGUGAGGCGUGUGGUGCGAGGGCGGCGGGUGUGGCUGGCUGCCAGCACACACGCGGGCGAGGAGGAAGCCGUCCUGCGCGUGCACCGCAAUCUGAAGCACCGAGUGGGGGGGCUGCUCACUGUCAUCGUGCCCCGAGACCCGACCAGAGGGGCGGCCAUUGGCAAGUUCCUGGCAUCGCAGCUGCACCACCCGCCACCGCUGCAGCCGGGGAUGACAGCGGAGGAGGCGCGGGCCAAGCCGGUGAGAGUGGCUGUGCGGUCCCAGGGGCAGGCAGUGACGCCCGACACUGACUUCUAUGUCGCUGACACCAUUGGCGAGUUGACGCUGCUCUACGCCAUCACCCCCCUCGCCUUCGUGGGGGGCUCUCUGCUGCCCGGCCUGGGCGGCCACAACAUCGCUGAGCCUGCUGUCUCCUCCUGCGCCGUGCUCACUGGUCCCCACCUGGGUCACUUCACCUCUGUGCUGCAGCAGUUACAGCAAGUGGCGCCCCUCUCUGUUUGGCAGGUGGCAGACGAGCAAGAGUUACAGACAGCAGUGCAGCAGCUACUCACCAACGAGGCGCAGCUGAACGCGCGGCGCAUAGCAGCGCAGCGAGCGGCAGCGUCGGGCACGGAGGGCGUGGUGGACGAGGUGUGGGAGGCGCUUGACUUCGCCGUGCUGCAGCGCAUGACCCUCCCCACCACGGCUUCUAGCAGCGACCGAGCAGCGGCAGCAGCGGCGCUGGAGCUGAGGGAGGACGGCCCAGAUGCGGAGCUCACAGGGGUGCUGCAGGCUCGAUUGGACCGCAUCGAGUCGUUCCCUGCAGCUGCAGGCGCCAUGCAUGGUGCCGCGGUGGAUGGGGCGCCACUGCUGUCUCCGGGUGGGGUGGGCCAGAAUGGAGGGGCAGGAGGAGCGUGUGGUGUUAUCAGCCCGAGGGGGCAAGUGGCGAGGGAAGGACGGAGUGGUGGUGCUGCUGGGUCGGGGUCCGGAGCUAUGUUCAAGGGUAGCAGUGGGAAGCAGGCUGUGGAUGGGGGCGGCAGUGCAAUGGGUUCGACACGGUCGAGCAAGUUAGAGAGCGGUGGGCCGAAUGACGAGCUGGCAGGGCGGCUUCGAGCUCGAAUUGAUAAGAUUGAGACGGGCCCGAAAUGUGAUGGUCUGAAUGCUCACAAGUGA